CCCGUAAGAAAGGACGAGCCUUUUUCUUCAAUCUUAUCCGGAUAGACUGAGCCGAAGCCAUAGCAAACGAAGAGAGCGAUAAAUUUGGGGAUAGCGAGGUGAAAGAAAGAAGGAAACUUGCGCAGAAGGCAGAAACCAUGGCGCUGCUGCUUCAUGGCUCAUCCGCCGUUGUGUUACCAUCACCGUCUUCUUCUUCUUCGUGGGUGAAUCCCAGCAGCAUUUCGAGCUGUAACAGCAGCAGCCCCUUUGUGGUCGGAUUCUCUGCUCCGGCACAGCAGCGGCGGAGGUCGUCACUGGUCGUUGUUGCUUCCCAGAAGAGUGCUUUCAACAUGGAUUACAGGAUGAAUAGGGAUUUUAGGGAUUUCAGGAUGGCGUUGAAGGAAGAGGAGAAGGAGGAAGAGAAGGAGAGAAAGGAGAAACCCCCUCACAUCCCACUCGACCAGCGCUGGAUGUUCGAAGAAUCUGAACUCGGCGGUCCUGACAUUUGGAACACUACCUGGUAUCCAAAAGCAGCUGACCAUGUGAAUACGGAGAAGCCAUGGUUCGUUGUGGAUGCCACUGACAAGAUCUUGGGAAGAUUGGCAUCGACCAUUGCUGUUCAUAUCCGUGGGAAGAAUUUGGCAACCUACACUCCUAGUGUAGAUAUGGGCGCAUUCGUCAUUGUGGUAUGCAUUACUUUUCGUAGCUGUGUUUAUCUUUUUUGGGUCUCUCUCAAUUACUCGAGUUAUUGAACGAGGGAUGAACUGAUUUUCGAUAGAGAUGAAGUACAUGUAUUAGCGGGAGGCUAUAAAAUUGACUGGAAUGUCUUCUAUUAACAGCCAUGAUGGGGUUGGAGUUGCAUGUUUGCCAUUGAGGACCUAUAUUUCAUUGAUAAAAUUUGGUUUGAGGUUAAGAAAACCUGUAGGUAAUGAAUGAGUUCUGAUGAACUUCACUAACUGGAAACACAAAGUUCUCAUUCUUCAAAUGUAAAUAGAUGUUGGGAUUGGAGUGUGUUGCUUCAACUUGAGUGACCAGUUUGAUGAAAGUCCAUACUUAUCUGGUUUGCUUGGCGAUGUUAUGCUAACGAGUCUUGCAAUGUACCAGACUUGGAAAAGCUUUUGGAUGAAUAGUUCCAUGCAAUCUGCUUCCUGAAUCCUGAUUAUCUUAGUCUUUUCCUUGAUCAUGAGCAUGAUCAAUGGAUUUUACCUCUCAUUUUUCGAUUGUUUAGGUACUCAUAUCUUGGAUGGAUGCUAAAAUGGUGAAUGCAGAGAAAGUUGCUGUAUCUGGGAAGAAGAGAACCCAAAAGUUAUAUAGGCGGCACUCUGGAAGACCAGGUGGUAUGAAAAUAGAGACCUUUGAUCAGCUGCAACAGAGGAUUCCUGAGAGAAUUAUCGAACAUGCUGUUCGUGGGAUGCUUCCUAAAGGAAGGCUUGGCAGGGCAUUGUUUAACCACCUUAAAGUUUACAAGGGCCCAGACCAUCCUCACGAGGCACAAAUGCCAGUCGAGUUGCCGAUCAGGGACAAACGAAUCCAAAAGCAGAGCUAGAUUUGCAACUGAGGUAAAAAGAUUUCAGAUGGUAAAGCUAAUGCGCAAUUGCUAGUCGACUGCGGUCAAGCAAUUGAUAGACUACUGCUGUGUUGUUUGUUUCAUGUAUGUAGUUUGCUGCAGUUUGGUUGGUUCAUGUAGGUUGAGGUCGUUGUUUGUAUUUACCAAAUGAAUCUACAUUGUAUUUGUCUUACUUACAACACAAGGUAACCUUUACAUUGAAUCAGAAAGAUGAGAAUUUUUUCGGCUUAUCAGUAGAAUUCGGCUAUGGAAUGGGGUGUUCUUUUCGUGGAAUAAUGGUAUAAUGUCAGAUAUUACCUUGUUUGGAUGGCCAUUUUUAAGAGGGUGGCACCAUAUAUCCAUCACAUGCAUGCAUGUGUGCAGCAUCAGCACCU